AUGGAUAAUAUGGCUAAGGUUAGGGAUAACCUUAUUGACAUCAUUGGCAGAGACUACAAGCAACUCUCUGAUAUACCUGUUCAUGGAAGAUGGCAGCAUUUGAAUUGUGGUGGUGUUGAUAGAAUUGGGCAAUUACUUAGCGCAUGGGAAGUAGAGAAGGUUGACUCCAUUGAAGUUUGUAGGCGUUUAGUUGAUUUGAUCACAUUUAGCGUUUUGAUAGAUGCUGGUGCAGGUUCUACUUGGAGGUUCACGGAAGGUGAAACUAAAAUCGGCAGAUCUGAAGGUUUGGCAGUUGCAUCUUUCUAUAUGUUUGAAAGCGGUUCCUUAUCAGCUGAUGGAACUCAUAAGGUACAUGGUUCUAAAUUGUCAGAGUUCACCAAGCAAGAUUUCGACGAGGCUUUCCAAAUUAGCUCCAAAAAUACUCUACAAGGCUAUGAAGGUAGAAUUGAGUUGAUAAAAAGUCUUGGUAGGUCGCUACUGAGCAGCUCUGAUAUAUUUGGGGAAGACGGUAGACCUGGAAAUAUGAUUGACUAUCUCUUCAAGCUAAAUAACUCUAACGAACUCGAGCUUCCACAGGUAUGGAACACUUUGAUGUCCGGUUAUACGCAAAUAUGGCCGGCCGGAAGGUUGUCUUUUAACGGCGAGCCUCUAGGUGAUUGUUGGGAAUACAAAAAGGAAGACAAUACUAGUUUUAUUGUUUGUUUCCACAAAUUGACUCAAUGGCUAUGUUACUCAUUAUUAAGACCAUUGGAAGAAUUUGGCCAUAAAUUUAUCAUUAAGUCCAAGGACUUACAGACCGGCCUUCCAGAAUAUAGAAAUGGCGGUUUAUUCAUUGAUUUUGGUGUAUUGUCUUUAAAAGAAGAGUACCACAAAGCUGGAGUGAACAAUUCUACAGAGUACGGUUAUGAUAGUUCUAUUCCUACAUUUACGCCAGAGAGUGGUGUCAUUGUUGAAUGGAGAUGUCUAACGAUUGGUCUAUUGGAUAAGUUAUUACCAAUGGUUAACGAAAAAUUAGACGCAACAUUAAAAUUAUCACAAUUAAUUGAAGCUGGAACUUGGAAAGCUGGCAGAGAAAUCGCUGCGAAGUUAAGACCAAAAACCGGUGGCCCUCCAAUCAACUUACAUAGUGAUGGAACAGUAUUUUAG